AUACGUAACAGAUACGCAGAUACUGUAUAGACAUAUGUUCAUCUCCCUCCCCGCUUGUGAUUCUAACUCAACCAUUGGUCUGAUGUCCAAAAUGGCACAGAAGAGUUCAUUGUUGCCAACCUUCUGGUUUGCCCUCUUGAGCUUUGGUGUUGUUUCUGCACAGCUAUCGUGUCCGAACGAUGCCGGGUCUUUCAGACCAAACGGUACUUACGACGUAAACCGUCGCCUUGUCCUGUCGUAUCUUCCCUUUAAUGUCACAGCUCAAGGAGGAUUCUACAACGCUUCGGUUGGGCAAGAACCCGAUAGAGUUCAUGCCUUGGGGAUGUGCAUCCCAGAGGCUAAGGCCGAGGAUUGUUCCAAAUGCAUCCAGACAGAAAUCGAUCGAGUACUAAGCAACUGUCCUAACCAGACACAAGCCUAUUCAUGGUCUGGAGAACCGACGCUUUGUCUCUUACGCUAUUCCAACCGUUCAUUCCUUGGAUCCCUCGAUUUGGAGCCGACUGUUAGGCUGUUCAAUACUGGAGAUCUCAGAUUAAAUUUAACCGAGUUUGAUAGAAUAUGGGAGGAUUUAGCAACUCGAAUGAUUGCCGCAGCUUCCUCCCCGUCUAAGGGUAACUACUACUCGGCUGAAGUAGAAGACCUAACGGGUUUUCAGACCAUAUACGCACUAAUGCAAUGCAUUCCAUAUCUAUCUCCGGGAGAUUGUAACGCUUGUCUAAGGCGAAAUGUCGGUGACUAUGAGUCAUGCUGCCGUGGAAAGCAAGGCGGCGUUGUUUCAAGACCGAGCUGCUAUUUCCGAUGGGAUCUGUAUCCAUAUUCCAAAGCCUUCGAAAACAUUACAUCAGCAUCCCCUCCACCACCUUCUCUACCAUCUCCGCCUCCUUCUCCAAGGUUUAACGCCAACACAACCAAGAAAGAUGAUAAAACGACUUCAACGGGAACUAUAGUUGCAACUGUUGUUCCCACUGUUAUUGUCAUCUUGGUGUUGCUUGCUUUGGGGUUUGCUGUAUGUUGGAGGAGAAAAUCACACAGAGCAAUUGAACUUGAAACUGAAGGUGAUAUUUCAACUACCCACUUGCUACAAUUGGACGUGAAGACUAUCGAAGCAGCAACAAACAGAUUUUCAGAGAGUAACAAGCUAGGUGAAGGUGGAUUUGGUGAAGUUUACAAGGGUACGCUUCCGAAUGGAACCCAAGUUGCAGUGAAGAGGCUGUCGAAAACUUCAAGCCAAGGUGCAAGAGAGUUUAAGAAUGAGGCUGUUCUCGUAGCAAAACUUCAGCAUAGAAACUUGGUUAGGCUUCUCGGGUUUUGUGUUGAAGGGGAAGAAAAAUUGCUCGUCUAUGAGUUUGUACCCAACAAAAGCCUGGAUUACUUCCUGUUUGAUGCUGCGAAGCAAGGACUACUAGACUGGACGAUACGGUACAGGAUUAUUGAAGGGAUUGCUCGAGGAAUUCUGUAUCUUCAUCAAGAUUCACGGCUCACAAUCAUACACCGUGAUCUCAAAGCGAGUAACAUUCUAUUAGAUGCUGACAUGAACCCGAAGAUUGCAGAUUUCGGAAUGGCGAGGAUAUUUGGAGUGGACCAAACUCAAGCCAAUACAGGAAGAAUCGUCGGGACAUACGGCUACAUAUCUCCCGAGUAUGCGAUGCAUGGCCGAUUCUCCAUGAAAUCUGAUGUCUACAGCUUUGGUGUCCUAGUUCUGGAGAUUAUAAGCGGCAAGAAGAACAGCAGUUUCAAUGGGACAGAGGACGCGGCCGAAAAUUUAGUAACAAGAGCUUGGAGGGUAUGGAGAAACGGGUCUCCAUUAGAGCUUGUAGAUCCGACCCUCGGGGAGAAUUAUCAGAGAGAUGAAGCAAUUAGAUGCAUCCACAUCGGUCUGCUAUGUGUUCAGGAGAAUCCGACGGAUCGACCAACGUUGCCAAUGAUCAUGCUGAUGCUCACAAGCAACACAAUCACACUUCCGGUGCCUCACCCACCUGGCUUUUUCUUGCAAAGUGGACAAGAUCUGAGUUCAGUUUCAGAGUCUAGUACAAGCAAGUCUGUUCCUUGUUCGGUCGAUGAUUCAUCCUUCACUGAUCUUUAUCCUCGUUGAAUAUGUCCUUCUCCUUGUGUACCGAACCAUUCAUCUUGUUCGGUGUCUUGAUGUCCGCACACGUCUGGUAUGAGACGCGAGCAUGUUGCUUGUACUGAAGAUUAUCAGUUCUUUAGGGAUAUUAA